ACCCUCAAAAUGAAGUGCCUCGUGAAAACGGAGAUAGGUAUUUAAAACGUUUAAGCAAUAGUAGUGGACUCACUAUUCAUAAACUCGGCAAAUUCUGUAACCUGACAUCUAACGUUGUUUUCCAAGGACGCGGAGGGGGUUUUCCAGGAAAGGAUACAUAUCGCAUCCAUUCGAACCACUGCACGGCAAGCAAGCUACAAUUUACAACAAAGUUUACUUUGAGAUUCCUGGAUAUUCUGCAUGCAGGAGAUCCUGUGAGGUUUCUCUCUACUGACUGACUGUGUGGUGGAAGAAGGGUUGUCCUUGUGAAGAACCAGGAGGAAGGAAGGCCGUCCAGUGGAUACAUCCUGUCCUCUUCUGGAUAAGCUGUAGGCCAGUUCUACUACAGUAUAACUGCAGCAUUAUGAUGCCAGACAGACCCAUUUUACACCCGUUUCUCCUGGCGUUCUGCUGCUCAGCAUUUGCAGGUCCGUUGUCUCGUAGCCCGUGUGAGCUGCUGCCAAUAGGUGUAGGCCACCCGGUGCAGGCUCUGCUGAAGAGCUUCACGGCCCUGUCAGGCUGUGCCUCCCGUGGAACCACGGGUCUACCACAGGAGGUUCACAUCAUCAACCUGAGGGGCAGCAGCCCUGAGGGGUCAAACGGCACACAUCCAGAGGUGGAGCUGCAUCUGAAGCCCAUCCAGUCCCUGCUGGUUCACCAGAAGCCCCUGGUGUUUGUGCUAAACUCCCCCCAGCCUGUGGUCUGGGACAUCAGGACAGAGAAACUAGCCCCAGGCAUUAAACACACCUUCCAUGUAUCUGGGGGAUCUGAUGUCCACUUCCCUCCAGGGAACUUCUCCCUCCACUGUCAUGUUCAGAAGGAGGUACUUCCCCAUGGCAACGAACACCUCCUCAACUGGGCCACCAAGAAGUACAGAGCCGUUACCUCCUUCUCCGAACUCAAGAUUUCCCUGGACAUCUACAUCAAAGUGGGAGAAGACCCAGUGUUCUCCGAUACUUGCAAGAUCGACAACAAGUUCCUCUCUCUGAACUACCUUGCUGGCUACGUAGAGUCCCAGGCCUCUAAAGGAUGUGUCCUGUCUGGACCCGACCAGGACCAAGAGGUCCACAUCAUCGAGCUGCAAGCACCCAACUCUAGUAGUGCGUUCCAGGUGGAUGUGAUCGUUGAUCUGAGGCCGUUGGGGGCAGAUGUUCUGUUGCCUCGUGACAUCGUGCUGCUGCUGAAGUGUCAGAAGUCUGUCAACUGGGUCAUCAAGGCUCACAGCAUCAGCGGGAAACUGAAUGUAGUGACGCCAGAUACCAUCAGUCUGAGCCCCAACACAGAGAGGCUGAUGGAGGUGUCUAGGACCCCUAAGCACCACCUCCCGUCUGGCUCUCAGGCCCUGAUCAAGUGGGCAGAGGAUCAUGGUUACGGACCGGUCACCACCUACACCCACACACCUGUAGCUAACACCUUUAACCUGAGGCUCAGGGAGCCAGAUGUGGUGGAUCCCCUGGAUUCUAUGUUCCCUCCAGAACUCUCCAUCUUACGUGACACCAACCCCAUCCUCUCUGGUGGUCAGGGGGGUGCUGCCCCACACUCCAGUGGCCUGCCCUUCACCUUCCCCUUGCCCCCGCUCAUGGAGCAGGGCCUGCCCUACCUGUCCCUGGAAGACCAGCCUUGGCUGGGAGGGGAGCUGGGUGGGGAGCCUGAGGAGCAGCAGGGGACCCUCAGUGUUGGUCUCAGUGUUCAGUGUGAGGAGAGCAGGAUAGUGGUCUGCAUCGACCGAGAGAGUCUGCAGGCCAACGGUUACGCUAAUGUCAACCUGACUCUUCAAGACCCAGAAUGCAAAGCAACGGUCAACUCCACCCACUACACGUUGGUGACCCCAUUGGAGGGCUGUCAGACCACCAAGUACCCCAUGCACCCCGGUCCUAUGGUCCUCUACAUCAACUCAAUCCUGAUAAGUCACGAUGGGCCUAAGGAUGGGAGUGGUGUUCCCCUGGAUUACGAUGAUCUAGAAUCCGGAGACGUGACUUUCCCUGGGGAGACAGAGGCGCUGGAGAGGGCUGCUUUCCUGGAGCACACCACGGGGCCUGAUCACAGGUCCUCCAUUCUGUUCAACUGCACCUACAGGAAGAACCAGGACACUCUAGGAGGAUCAGGAUCAUCAGGAUCGUUCCCUCGUAUUGCCCCGGCAGCAAAGGAACCGCUCAGCACCGAUGUCAUGGUUAACAUGGAGCUGUACAACACCCAUCUCUUCCAUUAUCCGUCUACCCAGGCCUUCCAUACCGUCUCCAAAAAUAAACAGGUCUUCGUAGAGAUUGGAGCCUUCAAUGUCGACCCAGAUCUUGGCUUCAUGAUCCAGACCUGCUUCAUCUCUGCCAACUCAAACCCCAACAUCGCGUCAGACUAUACCCUGAUCGAGAAUAUCUGCCCUACAGACGACACCGUCAAAUACUACAGUCAGAGAGACCUACCUAUCUCCCACUCCCAGACAGACAGGAAGAGGUUCAGCUUCACCUUCAACUCACACUUCAAUGAAUCGUUGCUCUUCCUGCACUGUGAAAUGUCCGUUUGCUCUAAGAGACCCCACAAUAACCAGGGACUGGCAAUGUGUAUCCAACCGGACGAGGCUUGUACGUCUGUCAACGGAGAGAUCAUCCUAGCCAUGAUGAUGAACACCAGGACUUCUACCAAGACCCUAGUGGUGGUAGAUGAACAUGACACAGAGGAGGAGGAACCUGUUCAUCCCACCCUCACGGCCUCACAAGACCCUGUUGACCCCCUAGGGGAAAACAUCUUGUAUGUGUUGGACACUCCAACCGUGGUUGGGAUCGCCUUCGCUGCAUUUGUGAUUGGUGCCCUGUUGACCGGAGCCCUGUGGUUCAUCUACUCUCAUACAGGUGAUACAGCUGGGCAACAGCAGCCCCUGAAGCCCCAACCCCCACCCUCAGAGAACAGCAGUGCGGCCCACAGUAUUGGCAGCACACAAAGCACGCCCUGUUCAAGCAGCAGUACAGCAUAGCCCAGAGGCCAGGCCAAGGCCAUUGGACUGGAGCCCGACGGGGAGCACCCUACCCCCCUGCAGGGCUACAGGAAGGGCUACACGGGUCACAGGGAACUGGGUUUGUUGACACUUGUUUCCCCUCUGGAUGAAAGGAAUUAUUUUGGGUUGCUUUGUGAAAACAAAGAAGAAGGAUUAUUUACUAAAGAAGAAAAUGAGAAUAAGAGGAUUUUAAAAAAGGAUUUUGUAAGAUACUAAAAAACAAUAAGACCCGUUAAUGUCCCUGGUUAUUUCAAUUUAUUUCAACGCAAGUCAUUAAGACCGUGUGACAGAACUGCCGUACUACAAGGACUGGUCUGAGAGCGAAACAGUACUAGGGUUGUUCCACCAAUUCAGUGCCUUUUGAGAAGUGUAACCUGGUCCAAAAAUAGUUGAUUUCACCUCAUUUUAACAUUCUGUCAUAAAGAGCACAUGUUCAACAUCAUAAACCACACAUUUUCUAAUCUCAAGAGGUUAAAUAAAAAAAAUUACUAUAGUAAAUGCCAAAUAAAGUAACAGGAUUUGACGUACCAGGGUUGACAAUUUCAUCUUAAUCAGGCAAAAAUUCUCUUCCUUGACAGGGGGAAUGGAAGUUUGUUGUGUGCAACAGGGAGUGACAAUUGAAUGCAAAAUAUUGAAGUUGUCAAAACAUUUCUAGACUCUAUCUAUCGGUAACACGAUUGAAGUGUUAUGCUCGACCCGCUUAGUUUUCCACCACAAAACACCAAAAAUAUCCUAAAAGAGUAGAACCAGCUCACCUGCUUUUCACUAUGAGUUACUUAUUGGAUGUUCAAUGUUUCUUUUGAAUAAAAUAUUUUAAAAUGAAUAGUUUUACCACAUUACUACGAGAGUUGAGUUCACGUAACAGGGCUGACCAUAAAAUGAGGGACAGACGUACUGUACCAGUCAAAAGUUUGGACACACCUACUCAUUCAAGGGUUUUUCUUUAUUUUUUACUGUUUUCUACAUUGUAGAAUAUUAGUGAAUACAUCAAAACUUUGAAAUAACACUCAUGGAAUCAUGCAGUAAUCAAAAAAAGUGUUAAACAAAUACAAAUGUAUUUUAUAUUUGAGAUUCUUCAAAGUAGCCACUCUUUACCUUGAUGGCAGUUUUGCAGUUUUUGGCAUUCUCUCAACCAGCUUCAAUUAACAGGUGUGGUUUGAACCAAUCAGAUGUGUUGUGACAAGGUACAGAAGAUAGCCCUAUUUGGUAAAAGACCAAGUCCAUAUUAUGGCAAGAACAGUUCAGAAAAGCAAAGAGAAACAGCAGUCUAUCAUUACUUUAAGACAUAAAGGUCAGUCAAUGCAGAACAUCUCAAGAACUUUGAAAGUUCCUUCAAUCGCAGUUGCAAAAACCAUCAAGUGCUAUGAUGAAACUGGCUCUCAUGAGGACCACCACAGGAAAGGAAGACCCAGAGUUACCUCUGCUGCAGAGGAUUAGUUCACUAGAGUUACCAGCCUCAGAAAUUUCAGCCCAAAUAAAUGCUUCACAGAGAUCAAGUAACAGACACAUCUCAACAUCAACUGUUCAGAGGAGACUUAGAAGAGAAUUAGGAGAGGAGAAUUAGGAGAAUUAGGCAUUCAUGGUCAAAUUGCUACAAAGGAACCACUACUAAAGGAUACCAAUAACAAUAAGAGACUUUCUUGUGCCAAGAAACUCGAGCAAUGGGCAUUAGACUGGUGGAAAUUGGGAUGAGUCCCAUUUUUUAAAUUUUUGGUCCCAAUCGCUGUCUUUGUGAGACGCAGAGUAGGUGAACGGAUGAUCUCCACUUGUGUGGUUCCCACCGUGAAGCAUGGAGGAGGAGGUGUGAUGGUGUGAGGGUGCUUUACUGGUGACACUGUCAGUGAUUUAUUUAGAAUUGAAGGCACACUUAACCAGCAUGGCUACCACAGCAUUCUGCAGCGAUACUCCAUUCCAUCUGGUUUGUGCUUAGUGGGACUAUCAUUUGUUUUUCAACAGGACACUGACCCAACACACCUCCAGGCUGUGUGAGGGCUAAUUGGCCAAGAAAGAGAUUGAUGGAGUGCUGCAUGAGAUGACCUGGCCUCCACAAUCAUACGACCUCAACCCAAUUGAGAUGGUUUGGGAUGAGUUGGACCAAAGUGUUUAACACUUUUUUGGUUACAACAUGAUUCCAUAUGUGUUAUUUCUCAGUUUUGAUGUCUUCACUAUUUUUCUACAAUGUAGAAAUUAGUAAAAAUAAAGAAAAACCAUUGAAUGAGUAGGUGUGUCCAAACUUUUGACUGGUACUGUAUAUGAAUCCUUAAUCACCUGAAAUAUAUAAUAAUCUAUAGAAAUGUAUUUAUCAAAGCAAUAGAAUAACUAGGGCUUUACAAUGAUGGUGAAAACUUAGAGAAAUGUUGGGGUUAAGUGGGUUAAAAUCUUCCUAGAAGUGACACAGUGUUGACGGAGGGACAUGUCAAAAUGCUAAUCUUUAUUUAUUUUAGUUGUUUUAUUCAAACUAAAAAGCUGAUUUAUUGAAUUAUGCAUGUGGUCUAUAUUAAAGGGCAGUGCAUUAAAUAUAACAGGCUCUUAAAAUGCUAUAUUGGUGUACAAUUUCUACUUAAAAUAUCAAAGGGACACAAAUGGCACUCAUUUCGUGGAACGACCCUCUAAUACCCAGAACGGCAACAAGGCCUCACAUCUAUAGAGCACUAGAACUCUAGCUAAGGGCAAAAAAUAACUGUUAGUGAAAUACCAGCCUUUUUAUUUAUUUUUAUAUAAAUGCUGAUUGUGGCAACCACAUUGUGGCAACCACAUCUUUGGACCUUAAAUGGCCUAGUUUAGGCUGUAAACAAGCUAGUGUACACCAAUAGCAAUGGAGACAGUAAAGCUGCCUGUCUGCAAACAACAUCUGUGAGUGUUAGCAGGACUAGUGAAAUGAACAACAUGACUGUCAACAGAACUGCCUGUUACCUCCUAUCCACAUUAUAUGUACACUGAACAAAAAUAUGAACGCAACAUGCAACAAUUUCAAAGAUUUUACUGAGUUACAGUUCAUUUAAGGAAAUCAGUCGAUUGAAAUAAAUGCAUUAGGCAGUAGUAGUCUAUGGAUUUCACAUGACUGGGAAAACAGAUACCUUAAAAAAAUAUAUGACAAAACCAGUCAGUAUCUGGUGAGACCACCAUUUGCAGUGCGACGCAUCUCCUCGCAUAGAGUUUAUCAGGCUGUUGAUUGUGGCCUGUGAAAUGUUGUCCCACUCCUGUGCUGUGAGAAGUUGCUGGAUAUGGGCAGGAACUGAAACACGCGGUCGUACAAGUUGAUCCAGAGCAUCCCAAACAUGUUCAGUGGGUGACAUGUCUGGUGAAUAUGCAUGGAAGAACUGGGACAUUUUCAGCUUCCAGGAUUUUUGUACAGAUCCUUGCGACAUGGGGCCGUGCAUCAUCAUGCGGCAACAUGAGGUGAUGGGGACGGAUAGAUCACACGACAGUGGGCCUCAGGAUCUCAUCACGCAAUCUCUGUGCAUUCAAAUUGCCAUCAAUAAAAUGCAAUUGUGUUUGUUGUCCAUAACUUAUGCCUGCCCAUACCAUAACCUCACCACCACCAUGGAGCACUCUGUUCACAACGUUGACGUCAGCAAACCGCUUGCCCACACGACGCCAUACAUGCUGUCUGCCAUCUGCUCGGUACAAUUGAAACUGGGAAUAAUCUGUGAAGAGCACAUGCCUCCAGCAUGCCAGUGGCCAUUGAAGGUGAGCAUUUGCCCACUGAUGUCAGUUACGACGCCGAAGUGCAGUCAGGUCAAGACCCUGGUGAGGAUGAUGAGCACGCAAAUGAGCUUACCUCAGACAGCUUCUGACAGUUUGUGCCAAAAUUCUUUGGUUGUGCAAAUCCACAGUUUCAUCAGCUGUCCGAGUGGCUGGUCUCAGACAAUCCCGCAGGUGAAGACGUCUGAUGUGGAGGCCAUGGGUUGGCGUGGUUACAUGUGGUCUGCGGCUGUGAGGCCGGUUCGGCUUAUUGCCAAAUUCUCUAACGAGCUUGUUUAUGGUAGAGAAAUUAACAUUAAAUGAUCUGGCAACGGCUCUGGUGGACAUUCAUGCAAUGAGCAUGCCAAUUGCACGCUCCCUUAAAACUUGACACAUCUGUGGCAUUGUGUUGUGUGAUAAAACUGCCCAUUUUAGAGUGGCCUUUUAUUGCCCCCAGCACAAGGUGCACCUAUGUAACGAUCAUGCUGUUUAAUCAGCUUCUUGAUAUACCACACCUGUCAGGUGGGAUGGAUUAUCUUGGCAAAGGAGAAAUGCUCACUAACAGGUAAACAAUAUGCAAAAAAAUGUAGAGAAAUAAGCUUUUUGUGCGUAUGGACAUUUCUGGGAUCUUUUAUUUCAGUUCAUGAAACAUUGGACCUUCACUUUACAUGUUGCAUUUAUAUUUUUGUUCAGUAUAGAGAUGCUACCUCCUAUCCUCAUGCUAUUUACAGUAGAUAGGAGAUGGUCAAAUCAACCAGUUGAAUCUGAGAGCAAAACCAGACAGUAAAGCAUCCCAUCAUGUGCUAUUAAUCACUUGGAAUGUGAAGUGACUUAAUAACAAGCAGAGGUGUAAAUAGAUAGAUAGCUAGAUGCCAAGACAAAUGUGAAAGACAAAAGUAAUGUGAACAAUCACUUGAUGAUAACCCUGUUUGUAAGCCAGCUAGUUUUGCAUGCUAUCGGUUAUAGUAGGACUUUGGCACUCGUCCGUCUAAACGUACUGUUGUUACAAAAUUGUUAAUUAAGUAUCAAUGGUGUUUUUGUUGAUAUUGAGUGAUGUAUGCUUUGUAAUCCUUAGUCUCACGUUUGAUUGGUGUUACACAGCUUGUCAUUAGGCAUUAUGGGUUCUCUUGUACUAUAUACAAAUAGUAUUGUAAAGCUAUGUAUAUUUUUGUGAAUAUUGUAAAUAAUCUAAAAUGUUAUAAGGCGAAAGUCAAAAUAUAAUGUGCAAGGUUGGUGCUUUAGAAUCAUUCUAAAUAUCAUGUUGUUAAAUAAGACAUUGUUAAGUGGCUACGUUUGGCCAGUAUUCCAAAAUAUAUUAUAAUGUUUGUAUCCACUGUGAGGUAACUAAAAUGCUACAUGCUGCAGUGUUGGAUCAUACAUAUACAGUAUUGUUAAAAGUGAACUUGGGGCACAGUAAUUGGGCAUUACAUUUAAAACACAAAACAAUGUGUCUUUCUAUCUGGGUCUGACACCACUAGAGCUUCAGCUGUUUCUAUUCUGAUUUUACAUAAUAAUAUUCUACACAAUUUCAUACCAAAAUGUGUAUCUUUUGUGAACCUGAUAAGGUUGAGAUUGUGUUAUGAAAAUAUAAGCCAAAAUAGUAAUUGGCUUAUUAUGGCUUAUUAUCAGUAGAUCUGACCCAGAUGAUGAAGUUUCAAAUGUAUUUUCUAUAUGUAAUAAAUAUAUUGCCAAUCUUACUCACCAGAGGUCUUGCAUCAAAAUUAAAUAGUUAAAGGCCCAGUGCAGUCAAAAACAUGAUUGUCCUGUGUUUUAUAUAUAUUUCCACACUAUGAGUUUGGAACAAUACUGUGAAAUUGUGAAAAUUAUGAUAAUGCCCUUUUAGUGUAAGAACUGUUUGAAAAGACCACUUGAAAUUUCAGCCUGUUUUGUUGGGAUGGAGUUUUGUCCUGCCUGGUGACAUCACCAGUAAAUGAGUUAAUAGACCAAAAAGAAAGAGUUCCAAACCUCUCAGCCAAUAACAGCUCAUUUUCAGUUUUCCCCUCUCAACUCAGACCACUCCCAGACAGUCAAAAUUAUUGUUAGAGAAAUUGCUCUUUGCUAAGAAGCUAUUUUUGUUUCUUUUUGGCCAUUUUACAUUAAGACAAUCACAGUAAGGUACUUAACUGUUACCCAGAAAUGAUUGGAUAUUGAGACAAAAGCAGCUGCAUUGGACCUUAAACAUUGCCAUAUACUGGCUCCAUCCUGGAAUCUUAAUGGUGUACUUGUUCUGACAAACAUUCUACUACGAUUAUUUGUGAUCUCAAGUAAAACAUUUAUUGUUUCUCUAUGUGUAUAUAGACAUAUGGGCACUUAGAUGUAUAUAAUGCAUGUUAGCUGUUAGCAAUGAGUACAUUCAUUGUGAGGGACAAACAACUGUGUUGAGUUGUAUUGUGUUGCUUCAGUUGUAAUAUCAUGUGCCAUGCAAAGCUAAUGCAAAGUUAAUGCAAAGCCAAAAGAGUCUCACCGUCAUAGAAUCCAUGAAUGUUCUUUGGUGUGUCUUUACUUUUUGUGUUUGGGGGGGUUGAAUAGAAGUACAUGUUUCUUUAAUAGGAGAAAGGGGAUGUUUUUUGGAAGGAAAAUAUGUUUGGAAGAGAAAUAGAAAACCCAAUACACUAGGAAAAUUGGCAUUAGACCCUACUUAUGUAUAAUGUAUUUUAAGUGUUGCUUCCUGCAGAUCCCGAUAGAGAAGGUAUGUUAUCUCAAAGCUUUGAGUCUUAGUUGUAUGUUAACAUGUAUAUAUGUCUCCACAGAGGUAAACAGAGUAUAAAUAUAUAGUUGUGUAUAAAAAAUAUAUAUAUUUUAUAAGUAUUUACCUAGAGCCAAUCUAUUGUUGACUCUUUGAGUACUGUGAAUUUUUUUGUUUUGUGUCCUUUCUAUUUUUUUGUAAAUAUGCAUAUAUUACUUUAUGUAUUUCUGUUUCUAUAAAUGAUGUAAAAAUAUUAGCAAUUUUCUUCAUAUGUGAUGUUUUAAUUAAAGACAAAUCUCUCACCUAG